CGGGACAUUUCCCGGGGGUCGCUGCGCAUUCUGUGGUUGGAGAUGGCAUGGCAUGCACCCCUCAUGCCCCUAGAUGGCGGGGCGUGGAUCAAGGCGGGGCAGGGGGAGUGCUUUAUAUAGAGGCCGUCAUUCCCGCUCUGAAUUGCCUUGGAGGUAGUAUGCAUGCUUUCUCUUCCUUUCUACCGGUGGCUAUGUGGACAGAUACCAUGGCUUGAGGGUUCAGUGAAUAGCUCGAUACUUGAACAUAUAGUAUAUCUCUGCGUAGAUAGAGUACAGCGCUUAUACUAUCAAACUAUUCUCCCCUCCGGUUUCGAAGCUCCUUUGGACUCUCUCCACCAUGUCACGAAAACACUUCUUCUCCAGCCCUGAGGGUGUCGUUGUCAACAUGCUCAACUCACUUGUCUCCCGGAACAGACACAUGGGACUCGACGAAACAAAUCGCGUCGUCUACAACAAAGCUCAUCCACCGUCACAAGUAACCGUCAUCUCAGGGGGGGGAAGCGGACACGAGCCGGCUUGGUCAGCUUUCGUCGGAGACGGUAUGUUGUCAGCAGCUGUAUGCGGCGAUAUCUUCGCGAGUCCAUCGACCAAGCAAAUCAUGGCUGGAAUUAGGAAUGUUCCCUCAGAUUCCGGGAUUAUAUUGUGCAUUACAAAUUAUACUGGCGACAUGCUGCAUUUUGGUCUGGCUAGAGAGAAGGGACAGGCGCUGGGGUAUAAGGUGGAUGUAGUGUGUAUGGCAGAGGAUGCUGCAUUGGGUAGGCAGAAGUCAGAGAAAGUUGGAAGAAGGGGUCUAGCAGGCAACUUGUUAGUCAUCAAACUUAUUGGUGCCGCUUCGCAGAAGAACUGGCCGUUUGAGAAGUGCCGGAAGCUUGGGCAGUUGGGUAACGACGAAUUGGUGACCAUUGGAACCAGCUUGGAUCACUGCCAUGUUCCAGGUCGAGAGGCAUUUGAGCAGGUCCCGGAUGAUGCUUGCGUAUUGGGAAUGGGUAUUCACAACGAGCCUGGACUUCGAACAAUAUCCCCCAUGCCCUCGGCUGAAGAUAUCAUCAAAGAAAUGCUCAGAUACCUUCUCGAUCCCGAGGAUAAAGACCGCGCGUUUGUAGUCUUCAAGCCAGAGGACGAAGUCGUCAUGUUAGUCAACAACUUUGGUGGGCUUUCCGGCCUUGAACUCGAAGCCUUAACGAGCACAGCCUUAACUGUUCUGAAACGCGACUGGAACAUCGCACCCACUCGCAUCUACGCCGGUAUCCUUGAAACUUCUCUAAAUGGACAAGGCUUCUCCAUCACGCUGGGCAAUAUGUCCGGAAUGGCGCGGGCUAUGAAUGCCAAAACUUCUGAGAUCAUGGAACUUCUAGAUGCUCCAACGAACGCACCAGCCUGGCCCAGGAACGGAUAUGCGCCCAUCAAACACUCCGAGGAAAUGGAGGCGAAGAGACAGCAAGCGAAUGCCGCAGCCUCAGGUUCAGGCCCCACGAACAAAGGUCCUGCAACGCCAUCGAGUCUGAUACCCGCACUUCGGAAGGCAUGCAACGCUGGUCUAGAAGCCGAACCCAAGAUUACACAAUACGACCUACAAAUGGGCGACGGCGACUGUGGUGAAGCUGUUGCCGGGGUGUGCAAAUCCAUACUGGCAAAUCUAGACUCGUUGCCAUCCUCUCCACCCCCACUUCUCAUACUCCUCGAGAGCAUUGGUGAAAAUGUCGAGGAUGUAGGCGGCUCUUUAGGGGCCAUUCUGAGCAUUCUGGUCACGGCCUUCACUAACGCUUUGCAUGACAACACCAUCAAAGCAAACAAGCCUCUCGAUAUAUCCACCGUCUCCGACUCCGCAGUAAAGGCCCUAGAGAACCUCAAGAACUACACAAGCGCUAGAGAAGGCGAUAGAACUGUCAUGGAUGUUCUGAUCCCGUUCGUCGGCAGCCUAAACACGUCACAAGACUUAGCCAAGGCCGUCAAGGUAGCGCGAGAGAAGGCUGACGAGACGAAGGACAUGAAGGCAAAGUUCGGCAGAGCAACAUAUGUUGGGGAAGAAAUGGGGGCAGAGAGGAGUCAGAUUCCAGAUCCGGGCGCGUACGCGGCUGGCGUGUGGUUGAAUGGCCUUUUAGAUGGAUUUAAGGGAUAGUAGCUGCUGCCACGGUCUCGGCACAGUACUUGCUUCUGUGGUGUAGGCUGGAGAUACAUGGUUUGACUUUUGCAACAAGUAUAAUUCAAUGGUUGAGGGGGAACUACUGUAUUACGAGAUUGUCGAUCUAUCCAGGCCGCCCAUUGGUGGUAGAGAACAUCUCCAGCAUUGACGAUCUUUUUAACGUCGGGAACUCAAGCUUCCUGCUCUCUCGAUCGAGAAGGCCUAAAAGGCAAGUGUGAUGUAUGUAGAACACAAUGCCAGCUUCUUC